CGCCCGCUUACCUACUCCAAACUAACCUACCCUCUCGGGCACUCACACGCAUCUCCAUUCUACUCUCUUCCUUUAUACAAAUUCCAUUUCCGCUUCUUCUUUCCCAACUCGAUCGACAUGGCGCUCGCCUUCCUCCCGGCGGCUCUACGGGCGGUGCUUCUCCUCCGUCGUCGCCCGCUUCUCCUCUACGCGGUCGCGUGGUCGGCCCUCCUCACCGCCACUGUCGCCGUCGCGUCCUUCUCCCCGGAGCUGGCCUUCGUGUGGGCCGCCAUGCCGAGCUCCUCCUUCUCCCGCGCGUGCGCCGGGGGGUCCGCCCCGAUGGUGCGGGUCCCUACGGAGGGGCCUCGAGAGGUGGUGUGCGUCCCGGCGGGGCUCUUCCGGCGGUCGGCGAUGGACAUGGUGGUGCCGCCUCUCUUCGCCGCCUUGGUCGUCGGCGGCUCCACCUGCUUCGUCCGGGCCGUGGGGCUGUGGGAGUACGAGGAAGAUUCCGUCGACUCAUGACCGUGUCGAAUUUCGGAAUUUGUCUCCUUGCUAAUUGACGCUUACUUUGUACGCAUAGAACGGACAAAGAUAAUAAUGUAAUAAAAAGUAAAAACACGCUAUUUUCUCACA